GUCACAGUCGUCUCCCCACGACCGUUCCUUUUCUACAUGCCGCUGCUGGUUGGAAGCACCACUGGCAUCGUCUCCCCUGGUGCGAUCAUCGAACCGAUUCGGGACAAUGUUCCCAAAUGCGACUCUCUGCGGGUGCACUGCAAGGAUGUCGACUUAGAGAACCAGAAGGUCAUUUGCGACAGUGGACUGGAAUUGGACUAUGACCACCUGGUUGUGGCUGUGGGGGCGCAGCCCAACACCUUUGGCAUUCCAGGUGUUGACACCUACGGCAGGUUCUUGAAGGAGAUUGAGCAUGGGCGAAGGGUGCGCAAGGAGAUGUUGGACAUCAUCGAGCGGGCAGAGGUGGCGCUUGCUGCUGGAAACAUAGACAAGGCCGCUACCCAAAAAUCGCUGAGUACUUCCAGGUGA